AUGGCGGGCGUCAAACGAUCGCUGGCCGCCAUGAUGGCUGAUGAGAGGUCACUGUCGUUGGGAGACACAACAGAACCCAUUACUCGAUCUCGCUCCGCCAAAACCUCUGUCAAUUCUAGCGAGUAUACAUCGGAAGCACCGUCGCCGACUUUGCCGCCGCUCAAUGGCCACAUGCCCAGGUUCACCCCCGAUGCGUCUAUCGUUAUCGUUGGCGUGCGAGGUGCUGGCAAGACGACUCUGGCGAUUAUGGCCGCGUCGGCACUCAAGAAGAGAAUUGUUGACCUAGAAGUUGCCUUCCAGCGCGCGACCAACUUCUCUAGUCCCACAUACAGCAAGGUCCAUGGCACAACGCAGUGCCAAAUAAAGCAAGGCGAUGUCCUCCAAAGCAUCCUAGAGACCAAUACUACUGGAUGCAUAAUCGUCUGUUCUUGGAUGGAAAGACGUGUUCAGGGUCUACUGCGACAAUUCGCAGCAUCCAACCCAGUAGUCCACGUCAUGAGAAGCAAGGAAGCCGUGCAAGAACACCUAAGAGUAGAAUCAGGGACCAAGUGGGAAACCUUCUGGAGCACAAGUAAUGCCUUCUUUCGGACUUGUUCGAACCUGGAGUUUUUCAAUGUUUCCGAGUCCGCCGCCGUCGAAAAGUCUCUGUCGUCAAUUCGCAAUUCCAAUGGUGUAGAUUUGCCUCCUUACUUGGCACUGAAGCAAGCCGAACGCCACUUGCUCAAGUUCUUCUCACAGAUAUAUCCGGCCGGUACAAUCCCAUUCUUUGAAUCAGCCUACCCUUUGGCUAGUGUCGCCACAGAGCAGCGCCAAUACACAUACGCCGUAGAUAUCUCCGUCGAGGAAAUUAUUCACAAUCGUGUGGAUAUCGAGGACUGCUCAGCGGGUGCGGAUGCCAUGCAGAUCACUCUUGAAGACAUCCAAACCGACUGGGCUGACUGCAGAUAUCUCGACGAGCAUACUAAAAUGGCCAACCGCGUUACCGAAGCUGUUGGUUUGGUGCGAAGAAGCAGCGUCCUUCCAAUAAUUGUUCACAUUGGAUUCCCCAACCCAUCCGCGGCGACGACAAGCACCUACUUCUAUCUAGAUUUACUUUCCCACGUCUUGACUCUGGCCCCAGAAAUGAUGACAGUGGACUUGCGGCUAGACGACAAUGCCAUUGCCAAGCUAGCAUCUCUAAAAAGGAGCUGCAAGUUGAUAGGCCACUACGCCCCAAUAGCAAACUUCGAUUCCUGGACAUCACCACAAUGGAUCUCACAUUACCAGCGAGCCGUUCGGUUGGACUGUGACCUGGUCCGCUUCGUCCGUCCUGCGGAAGCUGUCACCGACAACUUUGAAGUCGCUCGAUUUCGGUCGACUGUUGAAUCACUUCCAGACUCACAUGCUCCUAUCAUAGCAUACAAUUCUGGAAACUUAGGCAAACAUUCUGCCUUUCUCAAUCCCAUUCUCACUUCGGUUUCGCCAAGGCUUGAAUCCCAGAACAAUGAGAAACAGCGACAAACAGGCCUUUUGGCAGACUCUGCCACCAGAGCGCUUUAUGCAAGCUUCUUGUUCGAUCCCAUGAAAUUGUAUGUGUUUGGGGCCAACGUUGGCUACAGUAUGUCGCCGGCAAUGCAUAACUCUGCGUUGGAAGUUUGCGGCGUCCCGCAUCGGUACGAGCCGUACUCUACAAACUCCUUGCAGCAAGUGCGACAUCUGAUCCAAGAUCCCAAUUUUGCGGGGGCGUCCAUAGGAUUGCCCUUCAAGGUUGAAUUUAUCACCUUGACAGACUCUCUAAGUCCUCACGCUCAGGCAAUUGGUGCCAUCAAUACUUUGAUCCCAAUACGCCAUCUCAACGACGAUGGCACAGUUCCGACUGGCGCUGCCUCGUUUUUUCGUGGAGUCAACCGGGCAGGUCCUGUUCUGGCACUCUACGGGGAGAAUACAGAUUGGAUCGGUAUUCGCUCAUGCAUUCGUCGAGGUUUGUCUCCAGCAAAUGCUGUGCGACCCGCCACUUGUGGUUUAGUUAUUGGUGCUGGAGGCAUGGCCAGAGCUGCAGUUUAUGCGCUUCUACAGGUCGGUGUGAGCAAUAUUGCCAUCUACAACCGAACCGUGGAGAACGGGAAGAAAUUGGCGGACCAUUUUACGCAAUUGUUGCAGAAGAGCGAGUUUGAAGGGCUGGGCGCCGGAGUGAAGACAAAAUUUGAAGUCUUUCCCGCGCUCCAUCACGAUUGGCGGUCGGCAUUCCGCUUACCAUCAAUUAUCAUUUCAUGUAUCCCUACCCAUCCAAUAGGUGACGUUCCCUCUCCCGAGCUCAGAUUACCUGAGUCAUGGUUAGAAAACCAGACUGGAGGGGUCAUUGUUGAGCUUGGAUACAAAACGUUAAACACGCCACUGUUGCAACAAGCAAUGGAGCAUGCAAGUCGACGGUGGAUCGCUAUGGACGGGUUAGAUCUGCUGCCAGAUCAAGGGUUUGCCCAGUUUGAACUCUUCACUGGGAAACGGGCACCAAGAAAAACAAUGAAGAAAGCGAUAUUUGAGAAUUACCCAGACCAAUAUGGAAGAUCAAAUCCAGAGGAGCUGCGACGCCGGCUUCAAACUAUGUUGGAAUGA